AUGAGGUGAGUCCAUUGCUCCUCGGCUCUCAAGCUUCCUUUACUCGUAUAAUUUAUUACGUGCGUAUUUUAGCAACCUGCGCUGCCAAAAGCGCCUCGCGGCCGCGGUGUUAGGAUGUGGAAAGAAGAAAAUAUGGCUGGACCCGAACGAAAACUCGACCAUUGCAUCUGCCAACUCGAGAAAUCUUAUCCGUAAACUUUUCAAGGAUAACUUGAUUAUCCGUAAACCUGUGACCGUGCACUCUCGAGCGCGAGCCCGUCGACACCUGCUCGCGCGCCGUCUCGGUAGACACACUGGCCCGGGUAAGCGAAAAGGUACCGCCGAUGCUCGAAUGCCACAGAAGGUCCUGUGGAUGAGGCGCAUGCGUGUUCUUCGAAGACUACUCAAACGUUACAGAGCAUCAAGGAAAAUUGACAAGCAUCUGUAGGUGUUGGUCAUUUUUUGUUAUCCCAUGUUAGGUACCAUCAGCUGUAUCAACAAUGUAAAGGCAACAUUUUCAAGAACAAGCGCGUUCUCAUCGAUCACAUCCACAAGAAGAAAUCUGAGCGUCUUCGUAGCAAGCAGCUGAGCGACCAGGCGGAGGCAAUGCGGCAGCGAAAGCGCGAAGCAAAAGUCAGGCGUGAACAGCGGUUAGUUGAACGCCGAAAGAAGAUGCUACAGGCCAUUGCCGCGCCCGCUGCUGCUCCAGUUGCUCCUACUCAGGCUGCUGCUGCUGCCCCGGCUCCAGCCCCUACUGCCGUUCCUAAACCCGCAAAAGAAGAACCGAAGCCCGUGCAUGUUGAGCAGCCGAAGCCCAAGGUCGUGGAACAGAAAGAAGCCGCCCCUAAGACUGCAACCCAGCCUUCAACAUCAACGAAGCCGGAACAUUCGAAGCAGGAGACACACCCGAAGUCAGCCAAGACGGCUCCUCUUCCUAAGAUCCCUACUUCUAAGACUCCCGCUCCACCACCAAAACUCCCCACUCCAUCUGCACCUAAGGAGGCCCCGAAGCCGAAAGCAGCAAAGAAACCGGCUAAGAAAUGA